UGACUGGGGAGGUGAUUCAGUGGCCUCUACAUCAAAGGAACAAAAAGCUCCUCCAAUGUCUUCGAUGACGGAGCUCCUGGAAUGGUGGGAUGAUUGGCAGCUGCUCGAUUUGACAAAUCAUUAUCGCCAGAGGCUGGAAGAGGCGAUUCAAGAUGCAUUGGAGAAUGUCGUCUUCGUUCUAGCAUACGAGAGAUAUUUCAGUGAGCAAGAUUACAAGCAAGUCAUCAAACGCACAAAGAGAGGAAGCCGUGCAGCCGGUUCUAGACUUCUCGUCAACCUGGUGACUGAGAAAGAGCCGCGGGUCCGUAAACUGAUAUGGAAAUGUUUCGUGAAAAUGCACCACCUGCUCCCCAAACUGGACGAGUUGCUGAAAGCAAUGGGGGAAGAAGGUUCUGAUCUGAUUGAAUCGUUCAAAGCCAGGAAGGCUUCCUGGGAACUACCUGCUCAUCUGAAAGAUGUUCAGCAGAAGCACAUGGAGACACUGAAGGCACAGACUGAAACACUGAGCGUGAACACCAUCCUGAUGAAGGAGAAGGUUAAGGUUUUCCAGCUGCUUGAUCGAAACGCUGAGCUCACAAUCAUCUCCACUGUUCGAGAUCGGACACUGGUGGAACAUGAGCUGUUGGCAAGAGGCAUAGACCAUGAAGAGUGGAGAGAGGAACAUCUCGGGGGAGAGUUUGAAAAAAUCCGAACUGAUCAGUUAUUCCAGAGCAAAUCCAAAUCUGGGAGUUCGUCUGCCGUGGCCGGAGUCCCGGGGAUCGGAAAAACAACAAUGGUGCAAAAAAUUGUUCAUGACUGGGCCACGGGAAAAAUAUACCAACAAUUUCAGUUUGUCUUCAGUUUCAAAUUCCGGGAUUUAAACACGAUUAAGGGCAGACGAGUUCCCAAGACCAUCACCCAACUAUAUUGCUAUUAUAUUUACAACAUCCUGAAAAACCACGGCCGUGAGAUUGAGAGCCCCCGUGACGUGUUACUGAGGCUUGGUCAGAUGGCCUUCACUGGAGUGGCUGAGAAGAACAUUGUGUUCACAGAUGAAGAUUUAACCACAUACAAUCUGCAGCCAUCCCAGUUCCUGUCCGGGUUCCUGAUGGAACUUUUGGAGAGAGAGGGUUCAGCCCGGAGCGUGGUGUACACCUUCCCGCACCUCACCAUCCAAGAGUUUGUAGCCGCACUUGCACAAUUCAUGACUCCACAUUCCGGGGAUAUCAAGACACUCCCCUUUGAAGCCCAUAGCAUGACAGACGGGCGAUUUGAAGUAUUUCUCCGUUUUGUCGCUGGUCUCUCCUCCCCACGGUCAGCUUGGAUCCUGGAGGAGUUUCUGGGUAAAUUCCCUCGUGAAACAAUCUGCCGAGUGAUUGACUGGGUGAAGGAGGAGGUUAAACGCCGGGCUGGAAACACAGAGAGUGAAGCUGGUAAACGGAGCUUCCUGAACACCCUGCACUACCUGUUUGAGUCUCAGAAUCCUGCACUGGCUAAGCAGACAUUGGGAUCUGUGGAAACACUUUCAUUCAGUGGACUGGGACUGACCCCGAUUGACUGUGCGGUCCUGUCUCAUGUCAUCGGGUUCUGUGAUACAAUCAAACACGUCGAUCUGUGGAGAUGCCGCAUUCAGUGUGAAGGUCUCCAGCGGCUGGGACCGGCUCUGCACAAGUGUCAGAACUUGAGACUGGGAGACAACGACCUGGGAGAUUCCGGAGUGAAACUGGUAUCUGCGGCUCUGAGGAACCCGGACUGUAAAAUACAGACACUGUGGCUGCAACGUGUCGGUCUCACAGAUUAUGGAGCCGAGGGUCUCGUCUCCGCUCUCCAUACAAACCACUCACUGACGGAGCUGAAACUGGCACUCAACUCCCUCACAGACCGAUGUGUCCCCGCUCUCCGCUGCCUCAUCCUGAAUCACCCGAAUCUGGAGCAGAUCAAGCUGGGAGAGAAUCAGUUCAGUCCGACCGGGAAGAAGGAACUGAGGUCGCUGCAAGAACCCAGACCCAGACUGAGUGUGGAUGUGUGAACAUCUCUGGUGUAAACGUCACCGCCCUGGGGACCGGAAUAUUGUUGGCCGAUUCCCCGCCCUCCCCAUUAAACAGCGACCCUCCCCUUUAAACGGCUGCCCUCCCCGGCGCUUCCCGGGCCAGCCGGGCUGUGAAGUCAAAGGCGACCCUGCCUGCUGUCACGUGACCCGGGUACACGGCACUGCUGCUGAUGCCGGAUAGCCAGUGCUGCCCUCCAGUGGGGGGUGGGGGAAUUGCAGCAAGACCUGCAGGAUCCCGGAUGUGACUAUCAUCAGCUGUUGCUGUGGCUUAAUGGUGACAACUGUAUCCAUUUGGCAGAGAAGAUUAAAAAUGACUCUGAAUUCCAGACCAGGGCAUCGGAGAUGUCCUCAUUCAUCAGGGAACGGGGUUCCCCUCUUCUACUAC